AUGUAUUCGGCAGGUCAUCAACCCCUUGCUAUUGCAAUUUGUGCAUGGGAUGCCAUGUUGGCCAACAUCACAGCGAACCUUUCGCUGAUGGCAAUGCACACAAGCUUGCUUUCCCGAGCGUGGCCUGGGCUCAUCGGCUCUGGGUCUUCCGGUGUCGGCAGUGGUUGGCAUAAAGCUUUUUAUUAUCGAACCUUGGAGAAAGGUUGA